CACUGUGUUUCCGUCUGGAUAGCAGAAGCGAACAUAGGAGCGAACUACUAUCCGGAUGGUACCCAGGCUAAAUAGACUGUACUUGAGUUUCAACUUAUACCACAAAGUCUUUUGCAGAGCAAGAUAAGUUUCCGGUACACGUUGUUAUAUGUUGAAGAAAAUCCCCGGGGGCUUUGUAGGUAGAGGAAUGGUAUGGCCCAGAGGGGUCAGACUGGAGUAGAAGGGAAGAAACUGAGGAAAAAGCUGGAAAGUUGCCCGAGUCAGGAAUAAACACUGCGUAUCAAGGUCUACUGUGUUUGGAAAUCUGCAAGUCCCUUUCAACACACGUUGGCAUAGAUGUCAAAUACAAUUGUUGAGCAAUAAAGUUAUCAUAAACAUAGUCUAAAGGGUGUGACCUCAUGCCUACUAUUGUUUACAAUACCGUCACCUCUGUGAGGUCAGUCAACAAGUUCGACGAGUUAGUCACGAGACCAACAAUCUGAACUUUGGACUUACCCCAUAUUUUCUGCCUGUACCCUCUUACAUAUCAAUAUAUACUAACUGUUGUAGUCCUUACGAAGUUCCUGUAUUUUGCGAAAGCUUAAGGGUUCGCAUGCAGCAAAAUCAAAACAAGAUGCCAAAGUUAUUUGAGUACAAAGGAGCGUUUUUCGACCCACUGCUGACAACAAAAGAGAUGGUGGACAACAUGCUUGAUUACGUCAUACGCGAUGACGAUAUCGUCAUUGUGACGUAUUUGAAAGCAGGUACGAACUGGACCAUUGAGAUCGUCAACAAGCUGAUGAGGGCUGCUGGGAAGAUGGCGAUACAUGCGAAAGACAUACCGUGGUACCUGGAAGCGGAGGUACCAGGGUUUGGCAAACCAACUCACGUGAUCCUCGCCGACCAACCAUCGCCGCGGAUCGUCCACACGCAUCUGCCGUGGCAUCUGGCGCCUAAAAUGAUAUCCACUCCCAAAGGAAAGAUAAAAGUCAUAGUCGUUAUGAGGAACCCGAAAGACACGGCAGUGUCUCUGUACCACUUCCUACACAAGGUCAGGCUUCUGCAUAACUCCGCAUGUUUCCCAUCUUGGGACCAGUGCGCACAAGAUUUUCUUGACGGAAAAACACUUGGUGGUGACUUCUACGACCACGCGCUCGGCUGGUGGCAGAUGCGAGACGACCCCCACUUCCUGUUUCUGAAGUAUGAAGACAUGAACAAGGACUUGACCAGUGCUAUUAGGAAGAUCAUGACAUUAUUGGACAUUAGAUUGGAUGACGUCACUCUCUCAGGUAUUGUCGAGUCCUGUACUUUCGAUAGUCUGAAGGCUGACUGGGCCGAGUCACGGAUUCCUGCAAAACCUUUCAUGGCUAGGAAAGGUGUGGUUGGCGACUGGAAGAAUACUUUUACACAUUCCCAGAGUAAGGCGUACGAUGCAAAGUACAUGGAGAGACUGGAGGGAACGGGCCUGCAGUUUGACUUUGAGUAAAAAGAAAAAAAAGAAACAAGAUUUCGGGAGAAUCAAACCUCCGUGAAAGGCACGAACUUUAAUGUGUUUUACUGGGGAUGCAUUUAGUUAUGUUGAUUAAUGAAGUGUGUUCUUUGUGUGUUCUGUAGUCAGGAAAUACUGCAUUGAAAGUCUACGUUACAGUAUACAUA